CCUGGUCUAACACACUGCUCUUCGACAGCGCUAACCUUUCUAGCUAAGUUGGCUAGUAUCACAGCAGAGAAAGUCAUCGUUAGCAACAAGCUAAUUUAGACACUGAAAUGCACUGUUGACAGUGCAGUAGCAAGUCAAGCCUUAACUUAAGGUCCCCUGCACAGCCCAUUGUUAAUCUGAGCCAGGGAAGAAGAGGCUAACAUGGCAGCCAAAGCAGGAGACAAUCCUGACAGCCUCAUGACUCUGGCAACAGUCUUCUGCCUCAGGAAUCUAAGGAAGACGAUGUGUUACCAAGGAUACAGAAAUAAGCUGUGUCUGCGCUCAGACAUCUUCCUUCCCAGUGAAAUCUGUGACAAGUUGGUCAACACAUAUAUGGAGUUAGUACACACAGACAGUAACUUCGAACCAGAGGAGAGCUUCUUCCAAUUGUUCUCAGACCCUCGAAGCACCAGACUGACGAGAGUACAGCUUAGAGAAGAUUUUGUCCGGGACAGAGACCUGGAGGCCAUACGGAAACAGGACCUGAUUGAACUCCAUCUCACCUACUGCAACAACCUGUCGUCUCGCAGCCUGAAAACACUGACCUGCUUCCGAGAGACUUUGCUCUCUCUUUGUCUCUUCGGCUGCAGCCACAUCUUCUACAAGAAGGGUGGAGCACCGCUCGCCUGCAAUGAAGACACAGACGAGGAUGAGGAGGAGAGCCCUGUUUCUAGGCAAGCUUUAGAGACGGACUUUAGCUUUCAGGGGUUCAACCGCCUCAGGUUGCUGAACCUGGGAGGCCUGCCUGACGAAGUGGAUGCUGAAACCCUGCUCAAGCCCCUGAAGUCAAUAACCUCUUUAGAUCUGUCUAAUGUACACUUGCUGGGAACAGCUUUUCUCGCUCAGUGGAAAGACAGACUGGCGUCUCUGGUGCUCUACAAUGUGGAUUUGUCGGAGGAGUUGGUCAGUACAGUGGUGGAGCUAGUUAACCUCAGGCAUUUGGACAUCUCUCGGGAGAGCAGGCGCACCACAAAGUUUAAGAUGACUAGAAAAAUCCUGACAGCCAUCACACAACGUCUGGUCAAUCUGGUUUCGCUGGACGUCUCAGGUCAUAUCAUGUUGGACAACUGCACAGUCCCACACUUUGAAGAUGCUAUGGGGCGUCCAAGCGUUGAACCGUGUAAGAGCAGCAUCUAUCCCUUCCAGGAGCUAAAGAGGCCCCUGCAGUUUCUGGGCUUGUAUGACACCACCCUGUGUAAUGUGAUGCACAUCCCUGCUUAUAAGGUGACUGGGUCAAAGAAUGAAGACCAGGUUCUGAAUGCCAUUGAGUCAUACACAGAGUUUCGCCCUGAGCUGGCCCACAGAGCCAUUAAUCAGCUGUUUGACAUCGCCAGGAUACAACACUGCAGUCAGCUGCUCCGAGCCUUACAACUCGUAAUAGCAGCUCUGAAGUGCCAUAAAUAUGACAAGAGCAUCCAGGUGACGGGCAGUGCUGCUCUUUUCUACCUAACCAACACGGAGUACCGCAGCGACCAAAGUGUACGGUUGAGAAGAGAAGUCAUUCAAGUGGUUUUAAACGGGAUGGAGCAGUACCAGGAGGUCACAGUCCAGAGGAACUGCUGCUUGACUCUGUGUAACUUCAGUAUUCCAGAGGAGCUGGAAUUCCAGUACAGUCGCGUCAACCAGCUGCUGCUCAAAAUCCUGGAGCCAGCCCGACAGGACGAGUCCAUCCAGAGAAUUGCUGUUCACCUCUGCAACGCUUUGGUCUGCCAAGUGGACAACCAUCACAAAGAAGCUGUGGGGAAAAUGGGAUUUGUCAAGACAAUGCUGAACUUAAUUCAGAAGAAGCUGCAGGACAGAAUGUGUGACCAGGUGAUGGAGUUCUCCUGGAGCGCUCUGUGGAACAUCACUGAUGAGACGCCUGACAAUUGUCGGAUGUUCCUCAACUGCCGGGGCAUGAGUCUCUUUCUGGAAUGUCUACAGGAGUUUCCAGACAAGCAGGAGCUUCACCGCAACAUGUUGGGUCUUUUGGGAAACGUUGCCGAGGUCAAAGCUUUGAGGCCCCAGCUGCUCACCCCACAGUUCAUCACUGUAUUCAGCAACCUGCUGGACAGUAAGGCUGAUGGCAUUGAGGUGUCGUAUAACGCAUGUGGUGUGCUGUCACACAUCAUGUUUGAUGGACCGGAGGUUUGGUCGAUGGAAGAGCCGCAGCGAGACACCGUGAUGAAUAAAAUGUGGGAUGCCAUUCAGAGCUGGGACGUGAGCUCACGACGCAAUAUCAACUACAGGUCAUUUGAGCCCAUCCUGCGACUGCUGCCCCAGAGCAUCUCUCCAGUCAGCCAGCACUGGGCAACGUGGGCUCUUUACAACCUGGUGUCAGUUUACCCAAGCAAAUAUUGUCCCUUGCUGAUAAAAGAAGGUGGAAUCAAUCUUUUGGAAAAAGUUCUGGAGCUGGAAAGUUCCCAUCCAGACACCAAGGAUAUGGCAAGGAAAGUCAUGGAGCAGUGUGAGAGCUUCAAAGAGGACCCAAUGGAAACUAAUAAUGGACAGGAGGUAAACUAUGGACAAAGAGGUUGACAGCACUGGAGCCAGUAAAGAUCAGGGAAACCCACCAGAGACCCCUGCUGCCACCAUCACCACGAGGGUUAUUGUGUGCAUUCUUCUUUUUAUUAUUAUUAUUAAUAAUUUGUAGUGCAGAGCAGUGUCUCUGACCAUCUUCACACCAGUUUGGACAAAACCUUAAUGUGUGACACAUACCGUUUCAAACCAGGUUCAUGGUGUUUGUUUUAAAGGGUGUUUAUCUGUGCUGCACAUAAGCGUCUCUUCUGUUGAUGGGUGACUGUUGUCUCUCCUUGAGUGUGUUUGUGUGUGUGAAUUGACAACAGAGCAGAAAUUUGGGCUGAUGUUUGGUUCUCAGAUGGGACAUAAUACUCCUCAGCUCUUUGGACAAAAAGCUGAAAGAUAGCGUAGUGUCCUGGACGGCUGUCAGAGGUCUCGGCUCUGUCACUGAUGCUGGUGGAAGACGACAUGUGUACAUGUCCACAGUAUAUAUUGACCAUCAUGUGUGUAAGCUGCAGAGGAAUCACACUGAUUCUGAUGGGAAGAGGGUCUUUCCAGGCAGAGCUGUUUGUGAUAUAUGUAAAUAUUCUGUGUGUCUCAUCCUUUUACUGUGUGUAUGUUUUAUAUUAUGACUGUUAACACUCAUGACUUUACUCUGUAUUUAAAUUUGUUAUAAGUUUGACUAAGGAAACUAUCCACAGAUUACCCAAUCAUUCAGGUGUAGGCUAGCACUUCUGGAUGCUCUUCUGUUCUGUAACAGCUCUUAAAGUGGUGCUCAACCUUGCCUAUGUUUUUCAUUAUCAGACACCAGCUUAUUGUCUCUGUAGUGGUGGACCUGAACCUCCAGAGAGACCUGAUCACCCAGAACAAAAACAUGAAUAAAAACUUAGUAUGAACUAUAUGGAUAUUACAAGCCUUUGUCAAAAACAGAUGACAUGAGGCCAGAUGCACAAAAACAGUUUCCUCCACACAAACGAGUGUUUAUUAAGGAAGGAUGUGAACACCUCAUACAUUCAUCACACAACCCGACAACAACUGAAAAUGACAGUUUAACCCUUUAAAGCCUGGCCCCCCAAAAAAGGGAGGAAAUUCAAGUUGUUUAAAUCUGUUGAACCGGUGGCCUUUCUGUGUAGAGCUAGCAUGUUCUCCCCGUGUGCUUAGUGGGUUCUCUCUGGAUACUCCGGCUUCCUCCCACAGUAAAGAAAAACAUGAUGUUGGGUUAAUUGGUCACUCUGAAUUCUCCCUGGGAGUGAGUAUAGGUGGUUUUUUCUCUCCUUGCCCUGUGAUGGACUGGUGACCUGUCCAGGGGUACCUGCCUCUCACCGGUUAGUUGCUUCGAUAGACUCCAGCUUCCCCGCAACCCUGAUUGGGAGUAAGCGGUAUAAAACAUGGAUGGAUAUUAUUAUUGAUGCCAAUAAUAAUAAUAAUGAACAACAUUAAUUUUUGAUGCAUUAUUAGUGUUUGUUGCUAUACCAGAAUGAAAAUUUGCUACCAUUUAACGUCCCAAGAAUAGCUAUAAAAACAUUGCAAAUGAAAUUUUUUGUAUAUUUAAGACAAAGGAAUUAGAAUUAAUAAAGAAAUCCCCAGCCCCUUAACAUGUAUAUAUGAAAAAUAAAUUAUUUUAUGUAAAUAUUUUUCAUAAAAUUGGCAUGUUGUAAUUGGCAUUUAAAGGGUUAAACAAAAUUGAAUUAUUCCAUAUUUGUAGUUUUCAUCAGAACUGAAGUUGAUUUAAAGAUUUGAGUAAUUAAUUCAAAAUGGUAGCCAAAAAUUGAGGAAAACACUACCUGAAUGGGCAAAAAAGUCCAUAAUGACCUACAAGGGUUAUGCACACAUCAGCAUCCUGUGCUACAUCUGUACAUCUGUCAAAUGAAACUGAUUUCAUGCUCAGAUUUCUGUAAAACUCUGAUUCUUCUCUCAUAGUCUCAUUCUGGUUUAAAAAAAAACAUAUUAUAAAAGUGUCUCCUUCAUUUUAUUCCUAAGAUUGAAAAUGGAAAUCUGAUUUCUGCCUUUGCUCUCAUAAAGUUUUAUGCAUCUGGCUCCUGGUCUAAGUCUGCUCCAACAAACGCAUCAAACUCUUCUGGAAUAAACUGAAAUAUCAUCUGUGAUCAUCCAGACUGUCGGCUGACUGUCGGUUGAUUGUCGGCUGAAAGUCGGCUGACUGUCGGCCGAUUGUCGGCUGACUGUCGGCCGACUGUCGGCUGAUUGUAGGCUGAAAGUCGGCUGACUGUCGGCUGAAAGUCGGCUGACUGUCGGCUGAUUGUAGGCUGACUGUCGGCUGAUUGUAGGCUGACUGUAGGCUGAUUGUUGGCUGAAAGUCGGCUGACUGUCGGCUGAUUGUUGGCUGAAAGUCGGCUGACUGUUGACUGACUGUCGGAAAAGGCUGUUGGAAAAUUUCCUUGCUUGAAUUUUAUUGUUCCCAUGAUGAACGUUUGAAAAAUGCCAUAUUGAUGCUGUGUUGAAUGGAAAUUUUCAUCCUCUCUUCGUUUUCUUCAUGAAGACCCAAUGCCUGAUUAACACUCCCUCUAACUCUGCUGUGGGUUUUAUUUGUUUGGAGGUUUAUGUGUUAAGCAGCUGGGUAAAGAGAUCUGGUUAACAAAUAUUCUACUAUUGAAUAAUGGAUUUAUUAUGUCGACUCAGUGCAGCGUUGAUGCUAUCUAAUGGCUGGCAGAGGAAUUACUGAUUUGGUCUCUCUGUGUAUUUAGCCUUUAAAGUCAACAGAGUUCCUGGAUGGUUUGAGUGAUGUCCGAUAAUUUAAAAAGGCAAGGUUGAAACAAAUGUACCUGUUGGCUCACCAUGUUUACUGGUGGGGUAACUUGCUGCUCGAUCUACUGCUUCACUUAAAUCUACCCUUUUCUGUUUUUCCAAACGAUGAGAGUAAAAUGGAGCAGUGCUUGGACAUUAAAACUGAGAGGAUGUGAAGAUGGGGUCAUUUCUGGCUCUCAGAAGUGAGCUUCGGUCCUUUAUUUAUUUAACAUCUACUUGAACAUGUCACUGCUCUCAUCCUGACUUCAGCCUACAGCUAAAGCCUGACUAACCACUGUCGUCCUCUUAAAGCUGCCGUGUGGAGUUUUCAACUUUUCUUUCAUCCAUCAACACUUUAGGCUGAACAAAUAUGUUAAAUCCAUUCCUAUCUUUAAAAAUCUCUCUUUUUUUUUUUUGCUAAUCAGAAUCUUCGUAGUGCAAAUUAACAAGUUCCUUCACAGAUUUUAUUUUUUUUAUUUUUCAUGACCCGACUUUAAAAUCCAUCUAUGAGUAACUUUGAAUUAAACUGACUAAAAAGUCAUCUCAAGUCACUUAACAAUCCAAAGACGGGUGGGGUCCAAAACCCACCCAACCAAACCCGACCCAAAUCCAAUCACACUCAAUCAAACCGAACCCUAAACCCAUUAUCUAGUUCAAUCUAAUUUAUUAUAUUCUAAUUAUAAUGUCAUUUAAAACAAAUCCAUAUAUGAUCCACAUUCACUUUAUAACUGUUCAUAUAAACCAGUUUAUAAAAUGAUGACUAGGAAAGCAAUGGCUUGAAUCUAAUCUUAUUGAUUCAGUCCUCCAUCCUGAGCUGCACAAGGAGAUAGUGGACAGAAAAAACCUGCUUUUGAACAGGAAGGACAGAUCCUGGUCCAGAAUAACUCCAAAGUUCACUGCAGUACUUGAAGCCAAGGGAAUACCAUCCAGAGUAAUUCCAUAGCUAGACAGAGUCUUCCUGAGGGUCUCAGGUCCAAAGACAACAACCUCAGGCCUUAUUUCCACGAUAACAUUUGGUACAUUUAAAAAAAAAUGUAUUUACUCAAAUAUCUCUCUGUGCAGGGCAAAAUGCAAACUGGGUGAGAAACUGUUGUGCAUGCCAGGCCUCAUCUGGACAGUGAAACUUUGCAACGACACACCCAGGUGUGCACCACAUCCUCAUAAGACCGGGAAACAGCAACAGAAGCGUUGCAUGCUAAGUGCUAAUUAUCUGGUGCAUGUAACCUCUUCGCUGAAUGCAUAAAUACUCCACCACAAACAGAUUUACCUUCAACAGACCAAAUAUAUUAAAUAUAUUUGUGGCACAAACACGACACAGAGGUCCGCCGUUGUUGUUGUGCUUUUUGCAGGUUAAGCAGGGUCUAAGUGUGCAAGUGCGAGAUGAUGUGAAAAACUUCGUCAUCAACAAAAGAUUCCAGUUCCAGUCAUCCAUGUCUAUACGUCUUUAAGACAUAUUUGUAAUACGACAAACUAAUUAGUUUCAUCAGGCUUCAUGCAGAUGUGUAGCUGAGUAACAUCUGGGUAGAAUUAAUAUUUAUACCACGGUGUCUAAUAUUAUGUCCUAAAGGAAGCUUGUACAAGGUCAAAAAGCAUUGGUCCAAGUACAGAACCCCGAGGAACUCCAUGACUUGAUUUAAACCAACAUAAUCUGGUUAAUUUAAUCCCAAUAACAUGUUCAAGCCUUUGUAGGUGAAUGUUGUAAUCCGCGAUAUCACUGAGAUCCAUCAGGACCAGAGCAGAUAAGGGUCGGUUAUCUGUGGGGAUCAUUCCUAACUUUCACCAGGUCUGUCUCCUAAUCCUGACUGAAACACUUUAAACAGAUUAUUUUGUAUUAAAAAUAUUAUUUCUCUGUAAAUGGACUCAUGGUUCAGUUUAAAAUAAUAAUAAUAAUAAUGAAAAGAUUAGUUUCAGUUUAAAUGGCGAAUAGUUUCAGCUCAGAUGAGGAAACACAGACUUUUGUUUUUAAUUGUUUGUUUCCAUCAGUGAUCGUGGUUUUCCUCAUGCAGCUCCAUGCUGUGAUCAGUUUCUUUCUGGGAUUUCUUCACUUCAUACGACUGAAAUAAAGCAGAGAAAACAUCUCUA